AUGGAUACACGAAGAAAGAAUUUGUGGGCAAUUUUCUUCUUUGCUUUGGUUUUGAUUAGAUUGAGAGGUGGUGAAGGGAGUGGUGACAUUGCAAAAUCACAAACCAAGGUCACUUCAUUGGUUUCAACUGAGGACAAAAGAAAUAAGACUUCAAACGAAGUUGUAGUUAAUAACAAAAGAAGGAACAAUGGAGGGGGUGGAGGCGGUGGAGGUGGGGGAGGGGGAGGGGGAGGAUGGGGAACGGGUGGUGGUGGAGGAGGUGGAGGUGGAGGAGGAGAAGGUGGAAGUGGUGGAUGGGGAUGGGGAGGUGGUGGGGGUGGUUAUUGGAGAUGGGGUUGUAAGAAACCAGGCAAAAGAGGGCACCAUUUGCACAAGAAUAGAGUUUCGGAUAAUGGAGAGUACGAGAUGGGGGAAUUUGCACAAUGCAUGGUUAAAGGGAGGUGUAGAGGCAUGAGGCUGGCUUGUCCACUCCACUGCGGCGGACCGUGCUUCUACGAUUGCCGGCACAUGUGUAAAGCUCAUUGCAGGCGCUAA